AUGUCUCUUGGUGGCGUAGAUGGCAGCGCUGCUCAAGGGCCUGCGCGACCACGCGCCCCGCCCUCGGUCCGCGGCAGCGGCGGGCUUAGCAUCCGGCGAGCUGGUCAGCGCGCCUAUGGUCACUGUCGGGGCGGGCCCGUGGGGCUCGUCCGGAAGGUCCUAUGCACACCCGUCAAGGGCUCCGCGCCAAGCCCGCGCUGGCGGACGGAGAGUCCCGCCAUGUCCAGAGCUGCCGAGCCGGCGGUUGUGCCGGAGCAGGCUUGGUGUCUUCCUCGACAUCCAUCAUCUGCCCAUAUCAUGGGUUUCCUUGACUACGACUUCUCCAGCGUCCUGCAUCCCUGCUACAAGUUUCUCUGCCCCGUCGACGCGGAAUGGGGUGGUCAGCUGCCCUGGUGGACAGGGGUCCGGGGGUGA